AUGCGAGUUGAACCGCUCCGAGCACGACUUGCCGAGUGGAAAGGAAGCACAUUCAAUGGCGCAGCAUCGCAAUUCGACAGCAACGGCUUCUCAAGCCGGCGCGAAUAUCUCCGCAUGGCCUACAUGACGCUGGAAGUGCUCAUUCUCAGAGCACUGUUUCGACCGCAGACAGCAUGGAAUGAAUACGAAUAUGAGCAUCACCGAAUAUUCAAGGACAGCCUGUCCUGCGCAGCGCAGGCCAUUGAGCUCGUUUCCCGUCUUACAUCGAGGCAUUUUGCCCACUUCUGGCCUCCGUAUGCUCGAUACCAGUUCGCAUGUGUCUCAACCUUUAUCCUACUCCAGCUUGUGCAAUCGCCAUCCAUGGAGACGGCUGUGGAGAGUAAACAACUCCUGGAGAAAUGGAGGGACACGAUUCGCAUCCAGGCCCGGGCAUGGCCCGUCCUGAAACUGGCAGUGAUACGGCUGGACGCCGUAUUCUGGAAAGGACUGGAGAAAUCGUCGAGCUGGAUAGGGAUGAAGAGUCCUGCGCAGAUUCUGUUGAGUCAAUGA